AUGUAUAUACCCCAGACGAACCCUCUCAAUCCCGACUCCUCUCUGGCUCCGGCCAUAAGACUCGGACUGGGCCUUACAUCCGCACACGAACUUGCCAUACAUGAUAAUCUCCCCCUUCUCAAGUCGGUCUCAUCCCAGGCGCGCCGGCUCCUUGCCUAUGGCCUUGGCAUAUUCCCGACUGCCCAUGAUCAUGCAUUGAACCUACAAAAGCGAUCAGGGGCAAGCGUAAAUACCACCAUCGGAGUGGUAGUUGGUAUUCUCCUGGCGGUAUUCUUGGUCGGCUUUUUCGCCUUCCUAUACUUUUACGGGAGGUCAAUUCGCUUUACCCGCAAGAGGCGUCAUCGUCGCAAAUCUUCCGGUUCAAAAGGCAACUCGGAAGGCGGCACCGGCGGUGGUGCCGGCGAUCCUCCAGCACCUGCAUAG